CAGCACUCGCUGGCUAUGAGUGAGUGAGUGAGCGAGCGGGGCCUGUGGCCGGUGGUGGAUGGACGUCGCCCUGACCAUGAGCCCAGAGCGAGUGAUGCCGGAGGCGGAGGACGAGGAGCAGGGCCUCGGGUCCGGAGUCGCAGCCGGCCCAGGACUAGGCCCCGGCCCGGCGCAGUGGAGCAGCGAGGAUGAGGAGGACGAGCCGGGCCCAGGGCCGGAGCCGGAGCCGGGGGAGGAGGAGGAGGAGGCGGUGCCCGCCGCAGCCGGGUAUCAGUACCUGCCGCUGAGCCAGGAGGCGGCGGCCGGGCCCGAGAACGACAUCGGGGAGCGGCUGCAGGAAUUGCGUCUUUACUUGCCCGAGGCACCAGUCGACAGCGAGGAGGAGAAUGCUGAGGAACAUGGCAGCCAGCACUCUAUCCCCAUGGACCCAGAACACGUGGAGUUGGUGAAGAGGACCAUGGCUGCAAUUAGGUUUCCCAACCUUGGGGUUCCAGCGUGGGCCCAGGAAAUCUCUGAUGAGCAGUGGCAAUCUGUUGUCCAACAAACAAUAGAAAGCAGGCGCUCAUUGGUAGCAACCAAGGAGUGACCCCCCAUCUCCAAUCUGCGGCCCCCUUCUCCACCCUUGCAUGUUUCCUGCCAUCAGAGAAAUGAACCGUUCUAGGGGAGUUGGUAACUCUGUACAGAGAACCUCUAGCAUGCGGUGGGGCUGGGAGGAGCCUUCAUGUCUGCUGGUCCCUCAACUGUGGAAACUCGCAGAAUAGUGGUGUGCCUAAACACAGCUCUCUGACUUGGGAUCCAGGGAAUUCCUUGAUGUCAGAAGAUGCUGUGUCUGCUCCUGGGGUGGUUCUGAGCAACAGAAAUUGAUUUUGCUUCAGGCUCACCUUCCAUUGGUAUGGAAUCCAGUUUCAUCCAUCUGCUACUGUGAGACAUAGAAGAGGCUUCCACUACCCCACCCUGCUCUUGCAUGGCCGAGCACAGCAGAGAUGAAUCACAAUCCUGAGCAAGGUCUGCUUUUCGUUUGUGAAGAUACUCUCUGAGCAACCAGCGGGAAUAUGACAGAGAGCUUCUGACGAGGGUCUCUCUCCCCUCCUACCCACCAUGUUACUUUCAUGGGUAAAGAACCUCCACAAAACCUCUCCUUUAAGAGACCCAGUUUAUUUUUCUUCUGUACAUAGAUGAACAUCUGUACAAAAUGACAAUUUGAUACUGUGUAAUGUUCUACCUAAAAUAAAGUACAUCAUAUGUACAAA